AUGCAAAGCCGUGCGCCGCCCAUUCCAGAGACCGCAAGUCUGACGGUGAACAUCAAUGAUCGAGGCAGGAAGUCUGCCGUCGAUGUGAACAAGCUCAUAUCUGUACAACAAGUUGUUGGACAGAUUUUUUCGCUAUCUCGGGAUCAACUUGGUUGCCGGUUCCUCCAGAAGCAGCUGGAAGAGAACACGCAGAUGAGCUUGGAUAUUAUCUUCAGUGAGGUGAUCGAGAGGAUUGUCGACCUCAUGACUGAUCCCUUCGGAAACUACUUGUGUCAGAAGUUGCUGGACUACUGCAACCCCGAACAGCGUGCUGCGAUUGUCAGCAGGGUCGCUCCCCACCUUGUCCCCAUCUCCCUCAACAUCCACGGGACCCGUGCGGCACAGAAGCUUAUCGAGCGUCUUGGGUCGGAUCACUAUCCGACCGAAGCAGAGAUCCAGGCUGUGGUCAAUCAUCUCAAAGGAGGCGUCAUCCAGCUCAUCCAGGACCUCAACGGUAAUCAUGUCGUCCAGCGAUGCCUGCAGAAGCUCGAUGCCAAGCACAACCAAUUCAUCUACGAUGCAGUAGCCCAGCACUGCAUCCUUGUCGCGUCCCAUCGCCACGGAUGCUGCGUGUUCCAGCGUUGCGUUGAUUUCGCGACUCCGGAGCAGAAGCACCAGGUUGUGAUGCAAGUUGUGGAAAAGACUGUCCAGCUCGUACAGGAUCAAUAUGGAAAUUAUGUUGUACAAUAUGUACUUGAACAAGUAACUUUCUUGUUGCUUGUCUGUGCAAGCUCUCACUCACCGCCUACCUAUCAGGUUCCUGCCUACCGACCAAACAUCGUGCAAAAGUUCAGCUCGAACGUGGUAGAGAAGUGCCUGCAGCUGGCCUCGCCGGAGGGGCAGGCGUUGAUGGUCACCCAGCUGGCGCAGAAGGAACAGAUCCUCAGCUUGCUGCAAGAUCCUUACGCCAACUACGUGAUCCAACGAGCUCUGCAGGUCGCUACCAGUCCACAACUUGAAAUGCUCCUGGAUGCCAUCAAGCCCCAUCUCUCCGCCAUCCGCAACACGUCAUACGGCAGGAAGAUUCAAAGCCGAGUGUCGAAGCGAUGCCCUGGAGGCAUUGAGAACAUGCCGUCUGCUGAGGAAGCAGUUGCACGACAGGCUAAGAAGGGUUUCCCUCCUGCAAGGAUGCCUGGAGAGAUCAUGAGCAUGGCGGGUCAGAUGGCGAACUUGCAGCUUGGCGGCCCCUCCAACUUCGGGGGCUUCAACGAGAACUUCAGCCUUGACUUGGGAGGGGAUGUGCCGCAUCAUCGUCCGGACAUGGGCUUCCGGUUCGAUGAAAGCUUCUCCCCGGGGCCCGUGGGGAUCCGAGAGCUCAAUGCUGACGAGGAUCAGAUGGCUCCGAUGAACUUCGGUGGGGCUCUAGAGCGGCAGCAUGGAAUCAUGCUGGAGGAAGAGGAAGAGGAGGAGGAGGGGAGUGGCGAAGCGGGGAAGGAGCAUGUGGCAGGCGAGACUGCAGACAGCGCUGAAUCUCGAUAGUGAUCUAUCGACUGUGAAUUAAUCUGUACUUAUAGCUCACAAGUGAUUCUUUUAAUACCGCCAAGUGUCGUCGUCAGGCUCUUGUCAUGUGACUGAUGUUCCUCUGUGAUCUUGGGAACUGGAGGACAGAAAGAAACUCUGUAUCAAAACAUCUCUAGCGCUCGCUCGUGCUGCCCUGUACUACUUCCUCCCUAUUCGUAGGUACAAUAAACGUAGAUGAUCGUCUU